AUGACAGAUACUCAAAGGCAUAUAAAAUUAACUGAAAAACAAACAACCCCAGUUAUUUUAGUUGUGGGAGAUCCUGGUAGGGUUGAUAAAGUGAAGUUAUUAUGUGAUUCUUAUGUAGAUUUGACUUAUAACAGAGAAUAUAAGAGUGUUGAAUGUCACUAUAAAGGUCAGAAAUUUUUAUGUGUAAGUCAUGGUGUAGGAUCUUCUGGUUGUGCAAUAUGUUUUGAAGAAUUAAUUCAAAACGGGGCAAAAGUUAUAAUAAGAGCAGGAUCUUGUGGGACUCUUCAACCACAAGAAAUGAAAAGAGGAGACAUAUGUAUAUGUAAUGCAGCUGUUAGAGAAGAUAGAGUUUCUCAUUUGUUAGUGCAUGCAGAUUUUCCUGCUGUAGGAGAUUUUGAAGUUUAUGAGACCUUAAAUAAAUGCGCUGAAGAAUUAAAUGAACAUGUUUUUAAUGGUAUUAGUUUAUCUACAGAUUUAUAUUACCCAAAUAAAAUUAUUCCUUCAAGAUUAGAAGAUUAUGCAAAAGCAAAUGUAGCUGUUGUAGAAAUGGAAGUAGCUACUUUAAUGGUCAUCGGAAGUUUAAGAAAAAUUAAAACUGGAGGAAUUUUUAUUGUUGAUGGAUGUCCAUUAAAAUGGGAUGAAGGUGAUUUUGAUAAUAAUUUAAUUCCUGAAAAAUUAGAAAAAAUGAUUAAAAUAUCAUUAGAAGCAUGCGCACGUUUAGCUGCAAAAUAUAAAUAA